CUGCCGCGGCUGCCACCGCCCACUAGGGACUGGGAGCGAGCUGCAGGCGGCAGCCGAGCGGAGAAGGGCCCCGCUGGGCUAGCGUACGGCUAUGGCCCCGUGGCUGCAGCUCUGUUCCUUCUUCUUCACUGUCAACGCCUGCCUCAACGGCUCGCAGCUGGCAGUGGCUGCGGGGGGCUCGGGCCGCGCGAGGGGCGCCGACACCUGUGGCUGGAGGGGAGUGGGGCCGGCCAGCAGAAACAACGGGCCGUACAACGUCACCUUCAGAUAUGACAACUGUACGACCUACUUGAAUCCAGUUGGGAAGCACAUGAUUGCUGAUGCCCAGAACAUCACAAUCAGCCAGUAUGCUUGCCAUGACCAAGUGGCGGUCACCAUUCUUUGGUCCCCAGGGGCCCUUGGCAUUGAAUUCCUAAAAGGAUUUCGAGUAAUACUGGAGGAGCUGAAGUCGGAGGGGAGGCAGUGCCAACAACUGAUUCUAAAGGACCCGAAACAGCUCAACAGUAGCUUCAAAAGGACGGGAAUGGAAUCUCAGCCUUUCCUGAAUAUGAAAUUUGAAACGGAUUACUUUGUCAAGAUUGUGCCCUUUCCUUCCAUUAAAAAUGAAAGCAAUUACCAUCCUUUCUUCUUCAGAACCCGGGCCUGCGACCUAUUGUUACAACCGGACAACAUGGCCUGUAAGCCCUUCUGGAAGCCUCGAAAUUUGACUAUCACCCAGCACGGUUCAGACGUGCAAGUGUCCUUUGACCACGCACCGCAUAACUUCGGCCUCCGUGGCUUCUAUCUUCACUAUAAACUCAAGCAUGAAGGUCCCUUCAGGCGGAGGACGUGCAAGCAGGACCAGAACACAGAGACAAGCAGCUGCCUCCUCCAAAAUGUCUCUCCCGGGGGUUAUGUCAUUGAGCUGGUGGAUGACAACAACACAACCAGGAAAGUGGUUCAGUACGCGGUAAGGCCAGUGCACUCUCCCUGGGCUGGACCCAUCAGAGCCGUGGCCAUCACUGUGCCUCUGGUUGUCAUCUCGGCCUUCGCCACGCUUUUCACUGUGAUGUGCAGAAAGAAACAGCAAGAAAAUAUAUAUUCACAUUUAGAUGAAGAAAGCCCGGAGUCCUCCACAUACGCAGCGGCUCUCCCCAGAGACAGGCUCCGGCCACGGCCCAAGGUCUUCCUCUGUUACUCCAGUAAAGAUGGCCAGAGUCACAUGAAUGUGGUCCAGUGUUUUGCCUACUUCCUCCAGGAUUUCUGUGGCUGUGAGGUGGCUCUGGACCUAUGGGAAGAUCUCAGCCUCUGCAGAGAAGGGCAGAGAGAAUGGGUCAUUCAGAAGAUCCACGAGUCCCAGUUCAUCAUUGUCGUGUGCUCCAAAGGCAUGAAGUACUUCGUCGAUAAGAAGAACUACAAACACAAAGGAGGCAGUCGAGGCGCGGGCCAAGGAGAGCUCUUCCUCGUGGCUGUGGCCGCCAUUGCCGAAAGGCUCCGUCAGGCCAAGCAGAGUUCAUCCGCAGCACUGAACAAGUUUAUCGCUGUCUACUUUGAUUAUUCCUGUGAAGGAGAUGUCCCCUGCGUUCUGGACCUAAGCACCAAAUACAAGCUCAUGGACAACCUUCCCGAGCUGUGUUCCCAUCUGCACUCAGGAGAGCACAGCCUUCAGGGGCUGGCUCAGCACCCAGGACACAGCAGUAGAAGGAACUACUUCCGGAGCAAGUCUGGCCGUUCCUUGUAUGUUGCCAUUUGCAACAUGCACCAGUUUAUCGAUGAGGAGCCUGAUUGGUUCGAGAAGCAGUUUAUACCCUUCCAUCCUCCCCCGGUGCGCUACCAGGAGCCGGUCCUGGAGAAGUUUGACUCAGGUUUGGUUUUAAAUGAUGUCAUAACCAAACCAGGGCCAGAGAGUGACUUCUGUCUAAAAGCUGAGGCUUCUAUACUUGGGGCCCCUAGGCCAGCUGACUCAUACUCGUACCUGGAAAAUCAGCAUGCAAGCCUGGACCAGGAUAUUGAGGCCCAGCCCAUCUGCGAGAGUGGCCCUGCCUUGCCCCUGUUGCAUGCGGUGAAAGCUGGCAUUCCCUCGGAUAUGCCACGGGACUCAGGCAUAUAUGAUUCCUCUGUGCCCUCAUCAGAGUUGUCUCUGCCUCUGAUAGAAGGACUCUCCCCUGACCAGAUGGAAACAUCUUCCCUGACCGAGAGUGUAUCUUCCUCCUCUGGCCUAGGUGAGGAGGACCUCCCUACCCUCCCUUCCAAGCUCCUCGCCUCUGGGGUGUGUAAAGAAGAACAUGGUUGCCACAGCUAUACUGAUGAACUCCAAGUGGCUGCCCCUUUGUAAGCACAUGGGAGCAUCUAAGCAUCGCCACUUUAACGGCUGCUGCUUGGGUUUCCCAGCUCACCUCUGUGUUGUGCAGCCUGCCUGGGGCUGAGGGCUCACACAAGGAUAUCUGGAAUGAAAUUCUGGCCAGUACUCAAUCCUGUCUGCUCCGGCCUUCUAAUAGAUAUUUAGCAGAGUCUCCGAUUUCCCGAAAGCAUACGGAGCUCUCCAAGGCAUGUCCAUUAGAGCAGCCGGCAGCCGGCUAUGUGAGGCCGUUCCUUGGAUUGGAGCCUUUCCUGGGAGGCAGAGAGGAAGCCGGCACAGAGAAGCAGGAGGCACCAACACUGCUUGUUCUGACUCCACUGACCUCUGCAAACUUUACCUGUUCCCUUUCGGCUACUUUGAUUCAAACUGCUUUGUGGAAAAAGCACUUUGAACAUCAGUACAGCUACACGUCGAGUACUGUCUGGGACCCAGAUUGUGCUGCGAGUGAUGUUUCCAUCCGUUUCUGAUGUGGAACUUACACUGUCUCGAGUGUUAGGUAAACUCUGAGUCAAAGGUCUAGACAAUGACUGAAUGUCCAUCCAGUCACUUUUUAUGAAACAACUUUCUCUAUAUUCCUGGGAAACGUGGCUGACCAGGAUGGAAUCCACGGAGCAGGCUCACCCUCUUGACCGUCAUCAUAUGUGAAGAAGAUGCCAGCACCUGGGUGUCUUCCCUGGAUCUAAGGAGCCAGCAUGUGGGGACCAUAGUUUCCCUGGGUUACAACUACUGCUCUGUAGCUCCGGUGAUGAUGCGUAGAGAUAAAGGACUAUUGCACAGCUGGGCGACAUUAUUGGAAGUUGUGGUUUGUGCUUUGGCUGUGGUGCUCUGUGUCCUGAAUGUUAGAGGUCAGAAUCUAUUAAAACACAACUGUGUGUGGGAGGUGGUGGCCAGUUAAUCUGCUGACGUGGUUUUGACUAGUGACAAACCUCCUUUUUAGAAAGCAGAAAAGAGGGGAUUGUUACAAAAGUAAACGCUCUAUUUUUAUGAAUGACUCUUGUACAGAAGUUCUGUUUCCAAAGGCAAAGCAUCUCUUCACAUGCUGUGUAUUAAUUAAUUAGAUGUAUAUAAUGACAUGUCCGUGGAAAUGUCAUGUCUCUGUGGAAACCCUCAUCCUCUCUCCAUGGCGCAUUUGGUGUGAGCAUUCCUCUCCACUGUGAUCAUGAGUGCUGUUGGAUUUUGGCAGGCUGUUUUCCCAGCAUUCUACCGGGAACUGUGAAGGAUUUUCCCAUUCUUUAACCAGUUAGGAUCAACAUUAAGGAGGAUGCUGAGAAAGAUCCCAAGGUGGGGUGGAGAAGAGGCAGGGUUUUUCCUUCCAGGCACAUUUUCAGCAGGAGGGGAAGGAAGCCUCGGCUCCUGCAGCAGUGUGUGUGUGUGUGUGUGUGUGUGUGUGUGUGUGUGUGUGUGUGUGUGUGUGUUGGAUGAAAGUUUCCUCCCUGCUCUGCACAGGCCGCUGGCAGCUUCUCAGGAGAACGUGCUCCUCUGUCCUCUGGCAGAGAACAGAGCAGCUGCUCUGGGCGAGCUGUGAGAUGGUCUCGCCGUAAAACCAGGACUCUCAGCAGCGGAGCUCGUUCCAGAUUGUCACUGUGGAAUCCAGACCGAGCAGACAGAGCUCCCACCUCCACGAGACUGCCCUGGCCGUUCUCAGUCUUGGCAAUCAUUCUCUGAAGGAGAUCAGUGGGCCUACAUUGCUAACGUGUGACCAUUCACUGGGAACAUCAUCAGAGAGGUUUUUUUUUUUCUUUUUAAGCUGAGGCCAAGAAAUAUUUUAGGCCCCCCCAAGGAGACUCCCCAAAGAAACCACUUUUAGGAGAGAUACUCAGUUUUGCAUAUGGGAUGUGGGACCCCUGAGAGUGCCUAGGGCCAGCAUGGGGCCUUGGGCUUAGGGCUAAGCAAGGCCCAGGCAGAGAGCUCACGGCAUGGAUUCAGGUGAGGAAAAUGGAGGGAAACCACCUGAGCCUUCUAAGAUGCCAAUCUAAAAAGUCAGGAUCAUCAGGUGAUGUUUCAGUUUGGAUUUAGCGACUGGAUGCUUUUAUUUUGAAAUACAAAUGUUUCUGUUCAGAAGACUCAGAUUCUAACGUGCCAAGUGAUGGAACUACAGUAAGGCUGCUUAACUCAGGAUGAGCUGAUAGUGGGUAAUAAAGUGACAUUUUAUUAGUCAGCCCCUGUUCCCCCUCCACCUCAUCACUCGAGCUGGGAAUGAGAAUUGCCUUGCAGAUUAAGGCAAAGUGUCUGUUCUGAACAGAGCUGCAGUUUUUGGCUCAACAUUGUCCCACGCGGUAGAGAUGGGAAGAUGGAAUUAGAGAAAGGUUCUGACAAGCCACAGGCUUUUUGAUGCUGUAGGGAAACAGGAGGAGGUUGGGUCUGAGAGUGAACCGUAUGUGGGUAAAGAGAGGGUGUCCACCGGGAAGGAGGCCAGGAUAAGACCAGGGCGCCAGGAAGCCCAGAGCGAUGAGGUAGUUGUUGCCCCGUGUCUGUGGGUGUCCCACAAGCGCAUCUGAUGCUGAGAAACCUAGUUACAGGGGGACCGGGGGGGGGGGGGGUCUCUGAACAGUUGGCGGCAAGUAACAGGGACCACCUCAGUGGGCCCCACCCAGGUACAUGAGUGCGGAGGCUUGGGGCUUUGGGGCACAUAGAUUUCUGGAAUGAAUCAGAAGUCGUCCUUGACCAGGCCCAGGGAUUCAGGUGGGACCUAAGCAGGUCAUAGUAUUUUGAGUCAAAAUGAGACUGGGUCUUAAAGUUGUGGUCUGAAGUUUUGGGUUGGCCGACAGGUGCUAACUGAAGUCAGCCCUGGGUCAGAAGCUGAAAGCUGUCUUCAGUGAUCGUGAGAUCAUUGGAGUCAGCAUGCAGAAAGUUAGGGGUUCAAGUUCGAGUCUGAUGGAAGCUCAGACUUACCUCUUCAUAGUCACGUGAUUGUUUUUGUUACUGGUUUUCUUGACAACCUCUAAUCUUAGGUCCUCUGACCUUUAUGUAAGUAACUAAAUAGGGAACUGUCCCCUCCAGACUAUGGGAUUGCAGGGUUGUGGGAGCUUUUCAGAAGGAGUAGGGAAGCUAUUUUAUUCAUGAAGGAGGAAGAAAGGAAAACACAAAAUUAUCAGCUACCUCAACACAAGAAAGAACAUUCUGCCUCUAUUGGGAAAAGGCAGACCACGCCAAGGUCAAGGUUUCUCAUCUUUUUCUUUUAUCUUCCAUUGUUGGGGAUGGCUGCUCAUAGUUGGCAGAGUCUGCUUCCUGGGGCACCAGAGAGUGUCCUUUCUGCCGCACCCCUGUCUAGCCUUCAGGAGCAGGGAACAUUCCAGAUGAGUGUGUCUCCGCAGUGUUUCCUGCUUUUCCCAGUGUUCAAGAAAAGUUGAGAAUUUCUGAUUUUUAAGCUAUUAAUGUCUCGCGCUGGCAAGCCCAGCAACCCAAGUUUACUCCCAUGAACUCACCCUCUCCCAAAAGUUGUUGUGUUCUUUCACUUCCUCAGGCUGGCUGUGGCACUCACAGGUACCCAUUGCGUGUGUGUGUGUGUGUGUGUGUGUGUGUGUGUGUGUGUGUGUAUGUAUGUAUGUAUGUGUCGUGUGUGUGCACACACUAAGUUUAAAAAGCAAGCAAAACAUUGACAUUUAAACUUUAGAAACUGCUAAAGUGAAUUCAGGACCAACAGAACAUGUAGAUGGAUCUGAUUUUGCAUGGUGGCUGCCAGGUUUGUGACUUCCGCUUUGUUUUGUUUUGUUUUUUUUGUUUUGGUUUUUCGAGACAGGGUUUCUCUGUGUAGCUUUGUUCCUUUCCUGGAACUCACUUGGUAGUCCACGCUGGCCUCGAACUCACAGAGAUCUGCCUGGCUCUGCCUCCCAAGUGCUGGGAUUUAAGGCAUGCGCCACCACCGCCCGGCCGUGACUUCCGCUUUGUAAAAUGUGAAAUAAACCAUCCACAGUAAUCACAAAUGUGUGGGGCCCCGGGAAAAGCUGCUGCUAGCCCUCUCCUUCAGGAAACUUGAUGCGAUCCUGAUGGUUUUGCUUCUCAUGUAGCCCAGGCUGGCCUUGAGUUCCUGAUGCCUCUCUGGCAUGCACCAUAACCCACAGCCUCCAUUUGAUUCCGAAUGCAUUUGAAAUGUUUUGAUUAUGUCUUUACAUUUCAUGUCUCAAGAGAAAGGCAGCUCAGCUGUUAAUUUCAGAUUCAGAUUUAUACUGUCCUGCAUUUAAAAGCAGGCAACAGUUGCAUUUAAACCUCUGGACUUUGGGGGCCUUAUUUAUAGUUCAACUCUAGUUGUGUUUAUGUGGGGGGCAGUUCUGAGCUUAUGCCAACAUACAUUAGGGACAAUUUAUUUGGGGAAUACAGCAAAGUGCCCCAACACUGGGUUUUGGCGUCAUGCUUUUUCUGCAAACUAGGACUGUUUGGAGGUGUGAUAAAGGAAACGGAAUCAUUUCCUGUUGUUGAGAUACCAGGUGUCCCCAUGGGGGUUUGGCCACCCUGGUCAAAUCACCACUUUUCCAGAUCCAAGGGUGAAAGUUAGCUGAAGGAAGGCUGGCUGGCUAUAAGCAGUUGGCUUUGGUUCCAGUUUCAGAAUUUGAGGGUGAGGAGAGGCUUAGAUCACCCAGCACGUUCCCUCCGUGCACUCAAGACAGGCUGUGCUUGAGUUGUUCCAGACACGAGGCUGUGGCCCAGAGUCUGGCUCCUUAGCGAAGGAGAUUCUGUAACCUCCCCGCUGAUCAGAUAGUUCUCUGUAUGCCUUUGUUGCAGAAAUUCAAGCCAGCUUUCUUUUGUCUUGGGUGUAGAGGAGAAAGAACAGCUGGUCACCUUCCCAGUACUGAAAACCACAGUGAAGUCAUCCCCUGGUGUUUUUUCAGUAGUAAAUAAUCCCACCCACUUAAGGUCUUUCACAGCUCUUGUUCUCCAGGGGCUUAAUGAUUUCCUCCGCUCCUGCACUUCUCAGCACUUCUCGGCUUCACGCUCAGUUCCAUUACCCAGACAACACCGGUGCCUUGUUCACAUGGGUGCCAUCUGACAGCCAGGCCCCAGUUAGGGUUACAGGGAAAUUUGUGCGGGCCUGGGUGCUCUCACCACAUAGAAAAAAAUCAUGGCACUUUAAAACACUGUCAUAUCACUGAUACGCCUCCGGAGAGUUAUGACCGCCACUUUUGGUCUCUUGCUGAUAGUCCUGGCUCCUGUGGUAUAGCUUCUUUUCUCCCACAGGCAAACACUUGGUGCUCAUUGCUGAUGUAUUUAAUGUCUUCUUCUAAUCUGAAGACACCCUUCAAGGCCAGCUCUUACCUUCAGAGUGGCAGCUACUCCACACUCCAACUUUGGGUUCUGUUUUUACCUAUUUCUAGACUUGAUCUUUAUUUUGUGAAUCAUAUCAUUGUUUAAAUGGUGCACACUUCAGCAGAACUGGCAAGGUGUGUGGGGGGGGCAGUGUUGCUAAGUGCCGCCUUCCGUUGCUGUUGGGGACUAAUUUACAAACCCUUUUGAAUGCCUCAGGGAGAGCCUCUGGGGAAUUUUAGCCAAUUGUUUUCUUUCCUGCCCCUUGGGUCAUCCUUGAUAUUCACCUGGGACCACAGACACCAAGGCUGUAUCUCUCAGUUGAGCAGGCAUAGUAGUUGAUACAAUCAGAAACCAGACAGAAGCAAUCAUUCCAACUGCAUAGCUAACAUUUAUAUUGCAUAGAAUCGGGCAGAAAGAGUCAAGGAGCAGCCUCCUGUGGCUGCCACUGGGUUAUACGCAAUGUGCUCAUCUGUUAUUUUUUUAAAAAUUCUCUUCCUCUCAAAAAGAAGCAUGUCAAGUUUGGACAGCAGCAAAAACUUCCAUACAAAUCCAAAGUGUUCAUUUUGAGUGUAACAUUAAUUUUUGUUAUCUGUUUAAAAAGCAAAUAUUUUUACUGUGGAAGCUCCCGUGUUAAGAAGGAAGGCCUUCGGGCACAGUGAUGACUGAUGACAUUGUUCUGUUUUACAUUUUAAGUUUUUUUGUCUUCGUGAGGUUUGGCAGAAGAGUGAGCACGGGCAGGCUGUAGCAGUGUGCCAUAUUUUUACAUUGGAGAUAUUGGGGGUGUAUUUGUACAAAACCAUACCUAGAUGAUAGUCAGUCGUGGCUGGCAUUUGUAAGAUGUUUUUGUGCCUUAGAAUUUCUGCCUCAAAUAAAGUGUUUUGUUGUAAGUC